GUGGGAUUUGUGCGGUCGCGGUCUGGAGACAGGUGGUGGAGGAGUGAAACCAGGAGGUACUGGCUCAAUGAUGUUAUUAAGCAAACACUGGUUAUAUUGUUGAUGCCUGACACCUCAAGUGUGCUUCUGAUCACAAAUUUGAAAUGUCAAGAAAUGUCAUGACAAACUCCGUCAUGACGAAUGUUGUAGACAUGGGUAGAAAACCAUGCAGCAUCUGCAUCUGUAUCACCAAGUGGAUUCCUGUCAUUUUCAUCUUGAGCGUCGUUGGAUGGUCAUAUUAUGCAUAUGUCCUUGAACUGUGCAUUUAUACGGUGGAAAGUUAUGUUGAGAAGACAAUAUACCUGAUCUUCUACCAUGUAAUCCUGGUCCUGUUCAUAUGGUCCUACUAUCAGACAGUGAUGACGCCCAUCAGCCGAGUCCCAAAACAGUUCCGUCUGAGCCAGCCGGACCAGGCGCGGUUCGAGGCGACCGAGGAGAGCCGGCUGCAGCUGCAGCUGCUCGACCGGCACGUGGCCGAACACCAGCUGCCCGUCCACAACCGCACCCUGGCGGGCGCCAUGCGCUACUGCGACAAGUGCCGCCUCGUCAAACCGGACCGGAGCCACCACUGCUCCGUGUGCGGCGAGUGCGUGCUGAAGAUGGACCACCACUGUCCCUGGGUGAACAACUGCAUAGGAUUUUCCAAUUACAAGUUCUUUGUACUGUUUCUGGGGUACGCUUUUGCGUACUGUAUAUAUAUCGCCUUGACAUCAUUGAAGUACUUCAUCGGGUUCUGGAGGGACGGCUUGGAAGGGAUGGCCCGGUUCCACAUCCUCUUCCUCUUCUUCGUGGCCGCGAUGUUCGGUAUCAGUCUGAUAUCGCUCUUCAGCUAUCACUGCUACCUGGUCCUGAGGAAUCAGUCGACGCUAGAGACGUUUCGGCCGCCCGUGUUCCAGUCGGGCCCAGACAAGCGAGGCUUCAGCAUGGGCCGCUACAACAACUUCUGUGACGUGUUCGGCGACACCAAACUCAAGUGGUUCCUGCCGCUGGCUACCUCGCUGGGAGACGGCGUGGUGUUCCCGAUGCGACACCAGCCGCCCAGCUCCGUCAGCUACGGCUCCACCUACGACCCGACUGCCACGCCCUCCACCAGCCUGGGGGACGGUGCCGGCCGAACGCGGCAGUCGCUGGGCCCGGAUUCGGACGGGCUGAUGGGCCCCAAGCGUCGGUUGGACGGCGAUCCGGGACUGGCAUUCUCCAACAGCUCGUCAGACAUGCCGGAGGCGCGCUCGGACGUGCGGCUGAUCGUGGAGUGAACGGGCCGCCCGGGCCGGAGCGCUCUGCGGCGGCAAUGGGGCCGCUCUUACCGGCCGCCGCGCGGGGCG